AUGGCGACCAGAGGAAGCAGAUCGGAGAAAGUGAAGAGGAUUUUCCAGCAAUUCGACGGGAAUCGAGAUGGUGGGCUUAAUCGAGAAGAAAUGGCUGCUCUUGUCGUAGCUGUAAACCCUAGAGUCAAAUUCAGUGACGAACAGAUCAACGCGAUUCUCGACGAAGUUUUUCGUACUUACGCUGAGUUCAUCGACCCAAACAAGGGUUUGACUUACGACGGUCUUCUCCGUACUUACGACGACGGUGCCGGAGAUGUCGACAGAGAUUUCGACGCUUUAGGUCUCGAGCUUAACGCCGACGAGACCGUUAAAGGCUCUGAAGCUUCGUCUUCUUCGAUUACUGACGAGAGAGCUGUUGAAGCGCAGAAGAAACAGCGAACAGCUGCUUGGGCUGUUUCUCCGAAUCAUGGAAUCGUUUUUGAUGAGACUUGGAAAUUAGUCGACGAUUUGGAGAUUCUUGUCAAGAGAUUGAAAUCGAAACAGGAGAAAGAUGGGAAAUUGAAAGCAGAUAAUAAUGGUAACAAUAACAAUAAUGUUGAUGCGUUUUCUGAUGCUGGUUGGUCUAGAGAGUUAGGUCCGUCUACGGAGAUUUCAGAGAAGAGAAUCUAUUGGGAAGAGUCUAGUCAUGAUUACACUGUGUUUGUGAAGGAAUUAGGAGUGUUGAGAAGCAAAGCAGAUGGAGCUAGAUCGAGAGAAGAGGCUUUUGAUGGACAUAUGGCGAUUGGUAGCGUUUUAUAUGAGCAUCAGUUGUUUAAAGAAGCUCUCGUUAGCUUCAAGAGAGCUUGCGAAUUGCAACCGACUGAUGUGAGACCUCAUUUCAAAGCUGGGAAUUGUCUUUACGUAUUGGGGAAAUGCAAAGAAUCGAAAGACGAGUUUUUGUUGGCGUUGGAAGCGGCUGAGUCGGGUGGGAAUCAGUGGGCUUAUUUGCUUCCUCAGAUUUAUGUCAAUCUCGGUAUUGCGCUUGAAGGAGAAGGUAUGGUUUUGAGUGCUUGUGAGUAUUAUAGAGAAGCUGCGAUUCUGUGUCCUACGCAUUAUAGAGCUUUGAAGCUUCUAGGUAGUGCGUUGUUCGGUGUGGGAGAGUAUAGAGCAGCGGUUAAGGCCUUAGAGGAAGCUAUUUACUUGAAACCGGAUUAUGCAGAUGCUCAUUGUGAUUUAGCUUCGUCGUUGCAUUCAAUGGGUGAAGACGAGAGAGCUAUCGAGGUUUUCCAGAGAGCUAUAGACUUGAAACCUGGCCAUGUCGAUGCUUUGUAUAAUCUUGGUGGGCUUUACAUGGAUUUAGGUAGGUUUCAGAGAGCUUCGGAGAUGUACACUAGGGUUUUAGCAGUAUGGCCUAACCAUUGGCGUGCUCAGCUCAACAAGGCGGUUUCUUUGCUAGGUGCUGGUGAGACCGAAGAAGCUAAACGAGCGCUUAAGGAGGCGCUAAAACUGACAAACCGGGUUGAAUUGCAUGAUGCCAUAUCUCAUUUGAAACAUUUGCAGAAGAAAAAAGGUAAAAACAAUGGAAAUGGUAAUGGAGGAGAAGGUCCGUUUAUCGUCGUGGAAGCUUCCAAGUUCAAGAUUGUGGGUGAGAAGACGACUCUGAGACCGGAUUUAGCCACAGCUCUUCAAAUUAGAGCAUUUCAGAGAGUUACAAGACUCGGGAAAUGUGAUGUGGAGGCUGUGCGAAAGGAGAUGAGAGACAACGAUGUUCCUGUAUCGUAUUCUGGAAGCGGUGGGCCGACGAAAUCAAUUCGGAAACCCAAUUUAGAGGAGAUUCUCCGGCGUAUGCUGAAUUCCCUUAAACCCGAAACUUUUCAAGGAGCGAUUAAGGCGAUAAACGAGAAAAUCCUCUCUGUUCUCGAUGAUUCGGGGUCGGGAAGAGUUGAUAUGGGUAUGUUUUACGCCGUGAUUGCGCCUUUAUGCGGUGGACAUUCAGACAAAAGGAAAAGAGUUGCUUUCGAUGCACUUCUUUGGAGACCCGUAAACGAAGGAAGCUCUCAGAUUACCAAAACGGAUGCAAUUAAGUACAUCAAACUGUUGAGAGCUAUUUACAUUCCAUCGCACGGAAUGAGUGAAUUUUUAGAAGUUCACGGAGAAGAAGAAGCUGAUUCCACGAUGACAGUAACGUUUAAUCAGUUUUUAGCCAUGUUCGACGAUCCAGAUUGGGGAUUCGGUAUCAUGUCUACGAUUCUUAAACUGGAGACGACCGAUAGGAACCGUCAUGGAAACCAUGUGUGCUCAGUAUGUCGGUAUCCGGUCAUCGGAUCUCGGUUUAAAGAAGUGAAAGCCCGGUUUAGUUUGUGUAACCAGUGUUACAGUGAAGGGAAGGUUCCUCCUUCGUUUAAACAAGAGGAAUACAAGUUCCGAGAAUAUGGGAGUGAAGCUGAAGCCAUGAAAGCUAAGUGUGUCUGUUUCUCGAUGCAAUCUCAUAAAAAACCGAUUGCCACUUGA